GUUAUGUACGUCAACAUAGUUUCCGGUUUACCUCUCGCUUUCUCCCUCUUUUCGGGUUGUCGUUAACGUCAACAACACGCACGUUACCGAGGCGCAGUGAAUUUUAUUCGUUUUUCACCGCAAAUUUGCUUAAAAAAUGCCGCAGGAAAUUAAGGAAGUAAAAGAUUUCCUCAUCAAGGCCCGCAGGAAGGAUGCGCGUGCCGUCAAGAUAAAGAAGAACGAGACCAACACCAAGUUCAAGAUCCGCUGCUCCCGGUACCUGUACACGCUAGUGGUUAAGGAUAUGGAGAAGGCAGAAAAGCUAAAGCAGUCGCUGCCCCCGGGCCUGCAGGUGAAGGAAGUGAAGUGAAGUGGUCGUAAUGCUUGAAGCUGCUGCCGCGCUGCGUCUGUUGUGAAAUGGACGGGUCGGAUUCCGGUUGACGUUUGACCGGCAAUCGUUCCGCACAGCCUCUCGUGAAGUAAUGUGGUAUUUAGUUCGUGUACUCUGUGUUCGCGGCUGCACUGAACGUAAAAUGUGAUGAAGCUGAUCGUUAGUUUCACGUGCAUGUGAAUAAAGAGUAUGUGAGAUGAAUCCAUGAAACAAA